UGAACACGGCUUUAGUUAGUAACACUCACCAAUUGGGACGAACACCUCGACUCCUCGAGUCACCAAUGGCGAUUCCCCGUCGCCUCGCCGCCGCCGCGGCCGCCGAAACCACCAAACGCUCGGCGGCAGGUCUCGCCGCCGCCCUCGGUGGAAGCGGAGGGAAGCCCGCAACAGCCGACCUGGCCGCUGCCGCGACGGCCGCGGCGGCCGCCGGUCGCGCCUCCGAAUGCCAGUCCCUCCUCCUCCGCAUGUCGCGCCGCCGCGGCGCCUGCCGUCGCGAGAUCGUCUCCUCCCUCCUCGGCUCCUCCCCCACCCCGCAGCCGCGGGUGUUUGACCUCCUAAUCCGCACCUACACCCAGUCCCGCAAGCCCCGCGAGGCCUUCGAGGCAUUCCGCCUCAUCCUCGACCACCGCGUCCCCAUCCCCGCCGCCGCCUCCAACGCCCUGCUCGCCGCCCUCUCCCGCGCCGGAUGGCCCCAUCUCGCCGCGGACGCCUACCGCCUUGUCUUCUCCUCCAACUCCGAGGUAAACACGUACACGCUUAACAUAAUGGUCCACAACUACUGCAAAGCCCUGGAGUUCGACAAGGUUGACGCUGUCAUCUCCGAGAUGGAGAAGAGAUGUGUCUUUCCUGAUGUGGUUACACAUAAUGUGAUGGUUGAUGCUAGAUUUCGCGCUGGGGACGCGGAGGCAGCAAUGGCGUUGGUUGACUCAAUGGUUAGUAAAGGGCUAAAGCCUGGGAUUGUGACGUAUAAUUCGGUUCUGAAAGGGUUAUGUAGGAGUGGGAUGUGGGAUAAAGCAUGGGAAGUGUUCAAAGAAAUGGAUGAUUUUGGUGUUGCGCCUGAUGUUCGGAGUUUUACCAUUUUGAUUGGGGGAUUUUGUAGAGUUGGGGAGAUUGAGGAGGCGUUGAAGAUUUACAAGGAGAUGCGGCACCGUGGUAUUAAACCAGAUUUGGUGAGCUUUAGUUGCUUAAUUGGAUUGUUUGCAAGGAGGGGGAAGAUGGACCAUGCGAUGGCGUACUUGAGGGAGAUGAGGUGCUUUGGAUUGGUACCCGAUGGUGUGAUUUACACAAUGGUAAUAGGCGGAUUUUGUAGGGCUGGGUUAAUGUCAGAUGCUCUGAGAGUUAGGGAUGAGAUGGUUGGCUGUGGAUGUUUGCCAGAUGUGGUAACUUACAAUACUUUGUUGAAUGGGCUCUGUAAAGAGCGCAGGUUGUUAGAUGCAGAAGGGCUUUUGAAUGAGAUGAGGGAGAGAGGGGUUCCACCAGAUUUAUGUACCUUCACAACUUUGAUUCACGGGUAUUGCAUAGAGGGUAAACUAGACAAGGCGCUGCAACUGUUUGACACAAUGUUGAACCAGCGUUUGAGGCCAGACAUAGUAACAUAUAAUACUUUGAUCGACGGAAUGUGCAGACAAGGUGAUCUUGACAAAGCCAAUGAUCUAUGGGAUGAUAUGCAUUCUCGUGAAAUCUUCCCCAAUCAUGUUACGUACAGUAUCCUAAUCGACAGUCACUGUGAGAAGGGACAAGUGGAAGAUGCAUUUGGUUUUUUGGAUGAAAUGAUAAAUAAGGGCAUUUUGCCAAACAUCAUGACAUAUAAUUCCAUCAUUAAGGGCUAUUGCCGGUCUGGAAAUGUUUCAAAGGGGCAGAAGUUCUUGCAAAAGAUGAUGGUCAACAAGGUGUCACCUGAUUUAAUUACUUACAACACCCUAAUCCAUGGUUAUAUCAAAGAAGAUAAGAUGCACGAUGCUUUUAAGUUGCUUAACAUGAUGGAGAAGGAAAAGGUUCAACCAGAUGUUGUCACAUAUAAUAUGCUCAUAAAUGGGUUUUCUGUACAUGGUAAUGUGCAAGAAGCUGGUUGGAUUUUUGAGAAAAUGUGUGCUAAAGGAAUUGAACCAGAUAGAUAUACAUACAUGUCUAUGAUAAAUGGUCAUGUCACAGCUGGCAACUCGAAGGAGGCAUUCCAGCUUCAUGAUGAGAUGCUUCAAAGAGGGUUUGCUCCUGACGAUAAAUUCUGAGGGUCCUCAUUUUCUUCUUUAUUGGAUUCCGUAGAGCCAUUGGAUAAUUUAGGAAAGAGAAACGCAGGGCUGCAGGCACUGUGCAGUUUGUGAAUAUUCAGAAUUCUGCUGAAAGUCUGAAACAAAUGCCUAUGGAUUUGAAGGUGAGAAAUUUUAAUAUUCUGCAGUUGGCACUAUAACAUCUUCUAGUCUCUUCAUGCCACUCUUCUACUUAUUGACCUAGUGGAACCAACCAUGAUAAAUGAUACCAAGUUACUAUUUUGAGUAUGACUUGGUAAGAUGUAAUGCUAUCCAUUUUCUGACCAGCAAGAAGCUAAACAUCUACUGAGUAUUAUUUUUCUCUUGACAACAGUGGUGCUUGGUUGAGUUACUUUUUUCCUUUUCUUUUUUUUUGCAUUCCAUCCCUCAAUAAUUUUGUUUGAGAUUUGGUACCAUCACACUGAGGCUGUGUUUAGUUCCAUGCUAAAAUUGGAAGUUUGAAGAAAUUGGAGCGAUGUGAUGGAAAAGUUGGAAGUUUGUGUGUGUAGAAAAGUUCGAUGUGACGGAAAAGUUGGAAGUUUGAAGAAAAAAGUUGGAAUCUAAACAGGGCGUGACUGUAAUUUCCAUAGGCUGCUGGUUAAUUUUGUGGAAGUCUCUCCCAUCAGGUAACAUGUUCCAUAUACUUCUUCGCCAAGACCCAGGAAUUUGCUAUCCGGGGUUGUGCUUUUGUUUUCGGGGCACUGGAGAAAUCAAGUACACCUUUAAAUUUUCAGGGAACCAGAAGUUUGGAAGAUCACUGGAAAAUCCUAGUUGGUGAGAGAUAUUAGUACACAAAGCAUCGUGAUGUCUGAGAUAUCUACAUAUAACAUACAGAUUCCAUAAUGAUCUGCGAGGUUAUUUGCUAUUACUGGAUCUUCCUUACGUCAAAGAUGUUUCUUUUAGUCAUGCCAUGAUACAGACAGACGAGUACUGCUUGCUAAGGAGUCACAAUCAACAGAACGUGAUUGAUCAGAAGGAAACGGCAAGUGAGUUCAGGAAAAGGAUUGUUAGGAUCAUUGGUGCAUCCAGAUGCACCUGGCUUUGCUGAAGUUAAGAACACCGUGCUUCCCUGUCGUGGCUGCGAUCUCGCUCCCAGCAAUCUGGAUGCAUGACUGAUGGUGAUUGUGGUGCUGAAGAUCAGCAUGAAAAUGAGAGCUAGAGGCAGAACUUGCUGUCUUCUGAUCGGCAUAGUUGAGCAGCUGACCUCCUGGUAUGUUCUGAAUUCUUGUGGAAGGCGAGUUACGAAGGCUGAAAAACUGGGGUGAAUAUAAAGACUGUGUCAACACGUAUAUGUUCAUAUGUUGUAUAAAUUUAUAAUGCUCUUGAGCGCGUUUGGUUCCUUGUGUGUCAAGCUUCGAUGUGCCUACCCGAGGGCUCGACGCGUUGUCGCGGUCAGCUACGACUUGCAAAACCAUUCAUCACGUGGUUUUCAUGUAAUUGUAAACCUUGACCUUCGCAUAAGAGAGCUUGACCUUUGGCAUAA